AGCAUUGAACGCAGAAUGCACACAUACAAGUUCGACGUUACUUACAACUUCUAACCUCGCACUAUCAACUUGUUGUCCCCAUUAUCAGAUUGUCUUAAUCGCACGGUCGCGUUAUUAAUGAUUGUUGUCAAUUGACUUCCUUAUUAAAUUGAAAUGACAUCUUUAAGUGACAUAUUGUUACCGUGGGAUCACACAGAGCAACCGAACGACUUGUUUUUAACUUUCCGGAACUCUGACGACUGUAUUGUUCAUGUACCUAUCGCAACAUCGAAUGUUAAUAGCUUGAGGAGCAGCUCAGAUUCAGUUAUUUUGUCUGAACUGAAUAAACAAAUGGAUGCAAGACUUGUGAGCAAAGCUCAGGAAUAUGGCCCUUUAUUGCUUCCGGGGUCAAUAUUUUAUGUAGGCAGUAAUCCUCGUCCUCGUAGGAAAGUCAAUUUGUAUCAUGAAUCCUAUGAAAUUAGUUAUGGUCAAAGAGGAAAUUAUGGAGAAAAUCUCCACACAACUGAAAAUACUGUCAUUUCAAAUGGUGGGUUUAAUGACUUAGUUGAAUUAGAAAAACUCUCUUCUACAUUUACUGAUAGGAGGAUUGGAAUGAAUCUUUCGCAAACUGAUGUUGCAAAUUCACUUGGAAAACUUUACGGAGUACAUCGUAGUGUAUCCAUGAUUUCACGCUUCGAAAGAAUGGAUCUUAGUUUAAGCAAUUACUUGAAAGUUUAUCCGAUUAUUCUAAGAUGGUUGAAGGAUAGUGAAACUGCUGAUGGUCGCGAUAAAAUUAUUCGAGCUGUUGUUGAUUUUCAGAAUAAUAAUAAUAGUAAUAAUAAUAAUGAUACGAAAUCACCAGUCAAAGAAAGUCCUCAGGCUGAAAGUCCCGUUUUUUCGAAAUUCCCAAAACGACGACCGAGAACAAUACUACCUGAUUCUACAAGAAGGGAGUUGGAGCGAAUCUAUAGACAAGUUAGUGUUUACACUUAGUCGUUAAUUCGUUUCUCAUAAUUCUUAUAAUCCCCGCAACCGGAUGGUAAUUUACUGCUCCACAGUAUAUUUGUUUAGUUUGAACGUCUCAAUUUCCUAAGACGUCGACUUGUUUGAUCAAAUAAGAUAAAAUUUUGGCAAGCUUUACUGACAUUAUAAGAUGAUCACUAAAUUGUAUUAUUCGGGUGAAGUUAUGGGCAUAAAUAAUUAUAUCCUAGUCCUAUUUUUAGAAGGAAAACCACCACUUACUAUUGUUAAAUAUAUCUGCUAGCUUCUUUUAUUUUGAGAAUGCCGUGCUAAUGUGUGAUGAAGCAACCUAGGUCAAAUCACACUUGGUAUGAAUAACUGAGUAAAAUUUUCGACUCGUUAAUUGAUACCUAUCAAGGCGAUCACAAGAUUACUCAAAGUUUGGUAACAAUGGUAAAACCUUGCUAGAAACGAUAACCGCAAGUUUCUUUUUUUGUAAUUUACUUUUUUGCACGACUUCUGCCUUUUUGUGGUUGACUUCCGUCGCUUGUAGUUUGCUAAAGCUGUGUAUGCAUAUUUUCGUUACUACAUAAUUUUGUUUUGUUCUGCGUCUUCUAUUUCGAGUAUAGAGUCUCUCCACAAUUUAUCUUCUUGUGUUAGAGGACAAGUGAUGAAGUGUUAUGUGCCAGUUUUUUGUUAUCGAUUUAUACAGUAGAACCGGCGUUACUAGAGUAGAUCGAUCGUUCCUAAUUCUGAAAGUACUGUAGGCCCUUACUGAACUUCAAAUAUCGAGACUGAAAAUCUUACCACAGUUUAUUUAACUUUGUAACCAUUAUUGUUACGAUCAGUCAGCAACGUGUUAUUUUUCAGUCUCGAUAGAGAAUCAUGUUGUAACUUACAAAAUUAUGUUGCUGGUUUUUCUUUUGACAGAAUAAAAAACUAUCUGCACAUGA